UCUCUACUUGCACCAAAAACUCAGAGACCUUUUCUUUUGUCGCAAAGUCGCAUUGGGGCAAAAUUAGCGAACUUAUUACCUCUAUAAUCGCAGCCAGCGGUAUUUCUCGGACCCUGGAAUACUACUUUCCAUUGCUUUUCUGCUACUUCUUUCCCUCUAACACAAUGUCACUGAAUCACACCUCUCUUGAUGCGGCGGCAACAGAACGCAAAGCCCGUCUUGCGAAGCUUGCAGCUCUAAAGAGGAAGCAACCGGAACCGGAGACACUCACAGAGGCGCGUGCUGGAGACCAUGAGCCUGAGGAUGCCGCUCCCGAUGUCACAAGAAAAUACCUGUCCGGACGCAAUUUCGAUGCAGAAACUCGAGGGCCCAAGCUGGGAUUUGAUCAAGCGCCAACAGAAGGAGCGAAAACACUUGAAGCGCAAGCUGCUGAGAUAGCGAAGGCUACGGCGGAGCAGGCGAAGAAGGAUGAGGAGAAGGACCAACCGAUCGACCUAUUCAAGUUGCAGCCAAAGAAGCCUAAUUGGGACCUAAAGCGUGACCUUGAUGAAAAAAUGAAAAUUCUUAAUGUGAGGACGGAAAAUGCAAUUGCGAGACUUGUUCGACAGCGCAUGGAGAAUGCGCAACGAGCAGCGAAGGCGCAGGGAACGACCCGCAACGAAGAUGAGCAGGGAGAGGAGGUAGGCAUUGAAGGAGACAUGCUCGUGGAAGGAAUUCACGUCCGCGAGAGGGAAGAGGAAGAAGAAAGAGAAGAGAUGGACGAGGAUUCAUGAUACCCAUGAGAAUUCGCGCAGGUUGAUCUAUGGCCUUAUAUGCUUUUUUAUCAUACAACACUUUACUUUGGCGCUGCAGAGCUGGGACUCGGGGCGGUCAGAAACAGGCGUUAGCGGUCAUCUGCAUUUUGAUUGCAUGGAUGUUAAUGCAAUUAUGCUCUUCUGUAUUACUAUAGUACAUUACUGGCUGGGGUCAAGAAAGAACAAUAUUUCCAAUUCGGUCGAACGGCCGAGAGGAAAAUCUCCA